GGUAUUCGAGGCACGUUUACAAGAGAAAUCGCCAAUCUGGUCGAGUCAUCGCUUGAUAUUUAGUACAGGUGCCAUGUAGCAGUGUCCAUUGCAAACGAUCUACAAAAUUAGAUAUUACAUCAGAAAGAACUUAUCUGAAAAUUUCAACUUUUACUGACGAAAGCAUAUCUUGAAUUUGCUCCGAAGUCCAUCGCGUGCGAUAUUCUAAAGCAGGGCAAACAACUCUGCCAUGAAUUCAACACCAUCAAGUACUGCCAGCGAGCAGCUAGAAGGCACGGGGCAAGUCCGCGGUGGUGAACUUCUGGCGUUCAUCAUUUUUGACUUGCUGUUUGGUACAGUGAUCACCGCAGCAAACGGCUUUCUCUUCGUCGCGAUCUACCGUGAUCCUUGUCGAUGUUUGCGAACGCCAUCUGUAUUCCUCAUCGCAAACCUUUCCGUCGCGGAUUUUUUUAUGGGAAUUGUCAGCUACCUUAGAGCCGCGGAACUAACUUAUCUUUACUGUGGCUUGGGGGAUCUUCUCAUUCUAAACAUGAUAGAAUAUUUCCUCGGAGCUGUGUCCAUUCUCGUCGCCGUCUCAACGCUCAUGGCCAUGUCAUAUGAUCGCUAUAUUGCGGUUAUCAAGCCGUUUCAAUACCCACAAAAGAUUAACAACUCAAGAGCCAAGGUUGCUAUCGCCAUCAUUUGGAUAAACGCUUUGAUUAUGUGCGUCCUUCCAAUUGCGGAUGUGAAAAGGGAAAAUUUUUUGUUGGCCUACAGUUAUUCUCAUUUCGUGAUUCCAUCAUUUAUUUUAACAGCAGUUUAUGUGAAAAUAUAUAAAAUGGUCGCUCGUCAAAGGCAAGAACUUAAAGAUGUCCGAGCGAGUCUGACAGCAGCAAACAGAAGGAAACAAUUAGAGAGAGAAAACAGGAUGGCCAUCACGUUCGUGUUGAUCCUUUGUAUAUUUUAUUGUUCAUUUUUACCUUACUUUAUUCACGUACAAAUUCUAUAUUUUUGUUCUUGCCGAAGCUCUUAUGCAUAUAAUGCGUAUUAUCUUGUUGCGAACGAAUUUCUUUCCGUCAGUUGCAUUGUAGACCCUUUUAUGUAUGCACUGAGGCUGCCAAGAUUCAAACGCUCUCUUCGUUUGUGGUGGAGAAACAGAGAUGCUGUGGUCCCGUGGAACGGGACUAGUGUUGAUCAAAACGUAGCCAUUACCCAAUAAGAGAAAACUGCAAAAUGGAACUUGGCAUGCGACGGUGGAUGAAUACGCGAUACUUUCUUCAAGUACUGAUGAAGACCGCAAGACACGCUCUUAUUUAUUCCCCAUAGGCCGCAUAAUUUAUGCAUUUCUGAGAGGCAGUUGCCUUUUGGAAUAUGAACAACAUACACUUGAAAAAACAUUCCUACAUGUUGACAUGGCUACAUUGACAACAAAAUCAGUAACUGUCUGGCGGUGUGCGUUUAUUUUCCAAUCCUCUUCAGUAGAGGAUGCUUUCAAUUUCGAAUCUCCCCCAAGGCCUAAUGAAUAUUUUAAGUUUCAUCUCUAAAUAGCUAAAAUAUUAUUAAAUUCCUGUGUUCCCAUUUCAGUUCUCUUCUUGUAUAUUUUUGCUUGACAGAAAAAAAAAAGAUGUUGUGCAUUCCCAAAUGUAACAAAGUUUUCACAAGGAAUAACUAGAUUGCACAAGAGCCAGUUUUAAAACCCAUUCAUUUGGAUUCCCCAGUUGUUAGCGGUGGAAUUCCCCUUACGUUACCUAGGACUUAUUGGUAUUAAAAGGACGACAAUUUUACUUUUUAUUAAAAAUUGCAAGUCGCUCUCUUUCUUGCAAGGAUAUCCGGUGGGUUCUCGGUAUAAUUAUAUUCCUGAUGAUGCAGGUGAAGUGAGCUGAAACACCAAUUUGGAUAAGCUUCCUACCAAACCCAAGAAAAGUCUCUUUAUUCAGUCUGCUUUCUUGGGUGUCGAUGGAUUCUCUCUCGGGAGACGAAUUGAAAUGUAGGGAAAAAUGAUUCUGAGCAACUGAAAGUUAAGAGGAUUGUUGUUAAAGGCCGAAUUCCUAGAGUAAGCUGUCGCCUUUGGAUGAUGUGGCAAUGUUUAAGAACAUCAGGAAAAUAACAAAUGAUAAACAAUACCUUUGUUAUUCAAUCUUUGUUUUAGAAGGUUUCUGGUGCCAUAAACUUAUUGACAAUAUUUUUACUCAUUCUGAUUAUGAAAAAGUUACCGAUAGUUGGUUUAUUAACAACCUUCUCAAUAACUCUCUCAAAACUCGUUGAAAGGUUUCCGACAUUCUAAUUUUUUAAUAGUUUUAGCGCGGAGAGCAUUUUUAUUUAAUUAGUU